CCACCGCCAAGAUGCGGACGAUUCGUUUCGCUCCGCUGCUCGCUUGCUUCUUUGUGCUCGGGUGUCUCUCCUCUGUGGCGGCCAGCCCCGCCUGGAGCUUUGACCAAGUCGGCGGCUACUUCAAUGGCAUUUUGCGCUCCGUCUUCGGGCCCCUUUUCGGAUUUGGUAACACCACCACCAACUUUAGAUAGCCUAAGAGUCCUCUUACCGCACCAGACCGAAGGGAACCGGCAGCUUCUCAACAAUAUCCACAACGCAGUCGCUCAGAUUUUUCAGCAGAUAUUGGGCCGCAUAGAAACCGGCGGGUCCGGCACCCACAAUGCAUAUCCGUUUGGUGGGCGUGGUGCUUUGGAUGAUUUGUUGUCUUACGGAACUCGUGUGAAGGCCACGCCUACAGAUAUUCAGUAAAUUAGAGGUCAUGUCUGGUA